AGACGGCCUGUCGUCCGAGCCGAGCGCCUGCGCCGAGCGGGACCAGAGCGGAGCCCAGGCACUAGCGGAGCCCGAGAUCCGCGAGCAGGGAGACGCUGACGCGCACGGCCCCCGCCGCCUCGGCAGGCCGGCAUGGAGGAGUGCCGGGUGCUCUCCAUCCAGAGCCACGUCGUCCGCGGCUAUGUGGGCAACCGGGCGGCCACGUUCCCGCUGCAGGUUUUGGGGUUUGAGAUUGAUGCUGUGAACUCUGUCCAGUUUUCAAACCACACAGGCUACGCGCACUGGAAGGGUCAAGUGCUGAACUCAGAUGAACUCCACGAGCUGUACGAAGGCCUGAAGCUGAACAACGUGAAUAAAUAUGACUACGUGCUCACAGGGUACACGAGGGACAAGUCCUUUCUGGCCAUGGUGGUGGACAUUGUGCGGGAGCUGAAGCAGCAGAACUCCCGGCUUGUGUACGUGUGUGACCCGGUGAUGGGGGACAAGUGGGACGGCGAAGGCUCCAUGUACGUCCCAGAGGACCUCCUUCCCGUGUACAAAGAGAAGGUCGUGCCAGUUGCAGACAUCAUAACUCCCAACCAGUUUGAGGCCGAGUUACUGAGUGGCAGAAAGAUCCACAGCCAGGAAGAAGCCUUAGAGGUGAUGGACGUGCUGCACUCAAUGGGCCCUGACACCGUGGUCAUCACCAGCUCCAACCUGCCGUCCCCGCGGGGCAGCGACUACCUGAUCGCGCUGGGGAGCCAGAGGACCCGGCACCCCGACGGCUCCGUGAUGACCGAGCGCAUCCGCAUGGACAUUCGUAAGGUGGACGCUGUCUUCGUGGGCACCGGGGACCUCUUUGCUGCCAUGCUCCUGGCAUGGACACACAAGCACCCCAAUAACCUCAAGGUGGCCUGUGAGAAGACCGUGUCAGCCAUGCACCAUGUUCUGCAGCGGACCAUCAAGUGCGCGAAAGCCCAGGCUGGGGAAGGGCAGAAGCCCAGCUCGGCCCAGCUGGAGCUGAGGAUGGUCCAGAGCAAAAGGGACAUCGAGAACCCGGAGAUCGUCGUCCAGGCCACGGUGCUGUGAGGGCCUCGUGUGCCCACCUCCUGACACACAGUGUGUCGGUGUGUCCGUCUUCAUCCCUGUGAAAAAUGUAACGUCUGCCUUAGAGCCGUGACCGACACUUGACAUUUUUUUUCUUUUGUGAGUGUCCAGCAUCAACUGGUCUUAAUUGUGAAAUUGUGCCAGUCGUGCUUUUUAAAACUAACCAAGUGAUCACAGAAAUGGGUGAUUUGGAAAACCAGCUCCCCUUCCCCACUGAGGCUCCUGGGCCUCUGGAAAACCAGCUCUGUGGUCACUCUCUCGGGGCGUUCCCCCCAGCUAGGGGGUGGCACUUGGUGGGGGGGCUUCUGCCCCCAGAGGGUCAUAUCGGCUCCCACCAUUGAAUUACCCACUGGGCCCCAGGGUGGCGGGGGCUUAUCUGUGUGUCUCUGGGAACGAGCUCAGUGUUAACCACUCGUAUCCGGACAAAUUUUGCCAAAUUACUUUAUUGCCGUUCUGAUCUCCUCUCCAUUCCUGCUUCAGGACUUUUGUUCUUUUGCUGCUCGGUAGGUUGCGGGGCGUUUCAGACAUUCCGCUUCUGUUCCCCAUCGGGACAGGUGACUGCCAGCUGGCCCAGACACACGGGCCUGCACAGUCACUUUGGCAGGGACCUUUCUGGGACCCCAAAAUUCAAGUCAGUCCACAAAUCUCACGUGUGUCAGUGGGACCACCCUGUCACCAAGUGUCUCUGGGGACCUGCGGAGCAAGGUGCAGAGAUGCCGGUGAAGGGAAGGUGGGUGCAGGGCUCAGGUGUCUGGGAAGAUGCCACACCGGGCUCCUUUUGGAAAAUGCCCUGUUUAUGGCACAACAGCUUAGAAACUGCGCGUUUGCCACCCGCUGCCAGUGACCCCAUUGUGCCACAGAGUUAGUGUGCAGACAGGUACAGAGGGCCCCGGUGGGCUCCUGCCCCCACAGUUGACACAUCUGACCCCUCUGCCCGGACAGUAGUCCAGUCAUCCGCUGCCAGCGUGACCCCCUUGGCUCCCCUUGCCCAGAAUUCUGGGGUACCCUAGGCGUGGCUACAGGCGGGAUGCCCACCCUAAAGACAGUCUGCCUGGACCACGGCAUCCCGCCCCCACUCUGGGGGUGCAGAGGUUUGCACCCCCUGGGAGCCUACAGCCUGGAGGGGAGAGGGCGGUACAGGACACGGGGACCCAGAUGGGACCCCUUGGAAAACAGACUCUGAGGGCAGCCCUUGUUCCCCCACCCACAUUCCGUGCCCAGAGGCAGGGGCCCGCAAUCUACUGAGCAUACAUUCUUCACUCUAGAAAACACCCAAAAAGAAGAGAUGCCCCUCUCCACUGAACUCCCCGCCCCGCUUCCCGCUGCCCCUUGUGAACGUCCUCACUUGGUGCCGCAGUGCUCCCGGCGGCCCGCGCGCAGGCCCAGGGCCUCUGUGGACCAGGCUCCUCCAAGCCCCGGGGCAGAGCCGACCUCUUGGUCCCUGUGGGGCCCACUGGACCCGGAGGAGGAAGGAGCGGCCUGCCGCCCAGCAGAGGCAGCCUCCCCACAGGGUGCACGUAGGGACCAACCAAAGUCACCCAGGGCCAUGUGCCUGUGUGGCGCCUUUAAGGGAACAUUCUGCCACUGCCAAGUAGAGCUGGGGAGCCGGCUGUGAGGAAAGGCUUCUCUUUUUUUGUUUUAUUUUUUGCUUUGAGAGGAUGUUUAUUAAAGCUGGGAAAAUGAAACAAGAAGGCUUAGGAUAGAAGCAGCAAAAGGAGAGCGCUUAGGCGGGGCUGCUUUGGCUCAGCUGAAAGAGCAAGGGGGGCCUUGGAAGCUUGUUCAGGGGGUCAGCCCAGGGCGAGCUGCCACUGCCCAUUGCUUCCCUGGUCACAAGUCUUGUGGGGUCCCUUAGAGCUUAGGAGAUGCAUGCCUGUGGGGGAAGAAGACAGGAGGCCAAAGGCUCCAGGGUGCUCCAGGAGGGAGAGCGUGUCCUUUUUUAUUUUAACAUCCAGAGCCAGUACAGGGCUGGGGAAAGAACCCAUAUGUAUCUGUCUUCCAUAAGAGUGAAAACCCACCUGGAAAACACGGCUUUGGGUGUUGGGCUUACCCCGUGUGUACAGCGAAUUUGAAGGGAAACAUACCCCAAACACUAUGCGAUUCUUGGUUCUUUGGUUUUCUUUCUGAGGCUUGUCCCCACAUGGGGUUUCAUUCUUUUCCUUGCCUGUAUUAUAUGCAGAGGGAUGAGACUUUUUCCACCCACAGAGCUUCUGUAGGACCAUGGACUUGGGCUCCACCAGAGACUUUUCUGUGUCCUUGGGCUAGAAAGCUUCAACACAGGGAGAUGGGGCUGAGUGGUCUGUACUACGAGAAGGCAGCUGGGGGCCCCGAGAGCCUCUGCAGAGUGUGGGGCUCCUGUAGGAACACGUCGAGCUUCCGUGGGAGGCUGAGCCCCACGUUCCCAUGCCCAUGCUGCUGAGUCUGCGCGCGCUCAGCUUGUCUCUACGCCCACGGGUCCUGUCUGCCUGUCUCCCACCCGGGCAGCGGAAGCCCCUGGGCUGUCUGUGUGUGGAAUUUCCCAUCUAGAAGUCAGCCCCGGCCCCUGGCAGUUUUUCAUACAGGCUGGGUCCACAUUAGAAUUGAUCUUUGUUUUUACUUUACAUAGCUUAGUGACAUGCAAAAUGAUAAUUUAUAUUAACACUGGAGAUUGUUAGAGUGCAGAUUUCAACACUUUUCAGUGUUUUAAACCUCCCGUAGACCUUCAAGAUGAAUUACAAAGUAGGAUCCCCUCCUUUUUUAAACCAGUCUUAUAUCAUUGCCAAGCCCUGUGAAGGGAAUUGUGUUAGUUGGCCUUAUCUUUGCAAUACACAUCAGUGAUGGUGAAAACAAUGCUUUGUGUGUGGUCCUGCUCUCACAGUUACUAGGACCAAUUUUUAAAAUGUUUAAUUUUCCAAUGGACUGAGCCUGGCUUGGCUCACCUGCUCCACGUAAGUGGAGGGUGUUGGAGCGCUGAGAACACAGGCUUGCGGCGUGAUGCCUGAGUCUUGAUGGAACGGUCACCUCCCCACCGCCACCAUCCGUGUGACAAACACGUGGGAGCUGCAGGCCCCUCUGCCGACUGGCUGCUGGACCGCCGGUGCACACACACCGUCUCCUGGUCUUUCCUGUCCUUGGAUGGGACCACCCGCCUGCCCGGGGCAUCGGUCCACCUCUGUGAAUCAGAGACACCAUGUGACCGGACUGUGUUCAGUGCCAGAAUAGCUAGGUAUCCGUGUCUUCCUUCUCUGUUCCCCACCUGCCCUUUGGGGCCUCCUUCACACGAGCCUCCCCGUGCGAGCCUCCCAGUACCUACCUGGGCUUAAAGGAAGGAGGGGGUUCGUGAUUGAACUGAGUGGAUUAUGUGCAGCUGGGGACGUUAUGAAUGUGGCGUGGUUUUCUGUGUCUGGGUGGGAGCCACAUCUCAGUUUUGUCCCCAAACUCAAUUUUGUCCCUCAAUGGUACUGCUGCUGAACCCACCUGUUUCUAUUCCACGUCACCUCCCGCAGUCUGUGGCAGUGUACAGGGCGGGGGGCCCUGCGUGUGUCCCCUCCCCGGGGACGCUCCACAGUUCC